GGAACGUUGCGGAAGCAUGAGUCAUCUGUGAAGCAAACGCACCUACACUAGCUCGCAAGCCUUCGUCCGAGGACAGAACGAACCAGCAGGCUCUGGCCAGUAGAACCAUUUUGGCACACGCAAACCCGAUGGAGAACCUCUAUACCUUCAAGAUCCUGGACGGGUCGCACAUUACGGACGAGCAGCUCAAGGCAUGCGCCACGCUGUUUAGCAACAAUUACGGGGUCUGGGCUCCUAAUGCACCAGCUCCAUUGAAACCUGGAGCGCGCGUUAGGAUGUCCCCUGCUAAACUUCGCAAGGAGUGCUUGAGCGACCCAGACAAGUCCCUGAUAGUGACAUGCACCCUAGAAGGCGGGCUCGUUGGACAUGCGUGCAUCACGAAAUGGCGCUACCAACAAGGCUACGUCGGCUGGGUCACGCAGCUCGUUGUGGACAAUGAGCAUCGUCGACGACACAUCGCGACAGACAUGCUGCGUAUGCUCAAGCAGCAUCAUCCUUGGGUUGACAACGUGACGAUCAUGGGCAUCGCGUCCUCCCAUCCAGCAGCCUGCAAUAGUCUCUGUAAUCUCUUCGAUGGUAACACCCGGGACGUCGACCUCCCAUUCAUAACCCUGCACGCCGCAGCGGCGCUGAGGUGCUCUCCCAUUCCGUAUCUGAGUGCCGCGCCUCCCUGCGGAGCCCUCGCCGGUACGCCAGGCGGCUCGUAUUCAGCAAACACCUCAUUUUUCGUCGACCACACUGAGCCUCUGGGGAUCCUUCAAUCGUACGUCAAGGGCGACAAGUGGGCGUUCGGGGAGCUGCUCGACGGACACGAGUUCCUAGUUCUCAUUCCCGUCCCCGGACGUUGA